UCUGAUAUGCUUCUAUCUAAUCAAUCUUAUUAUACUUUUUUGUCCUCCCACCCUCACCGAAUCCUCUGCUCUCAAAUAUUACAUCACAAUGGACCCCUACUCAGCGAGGAGACAUGCAUUAUACCAGCCUAGGGGCCCAGCCGGGUAUGAGUUUGACUACGGGACAAACCCAGACCCUCAGAAAAUACAGCAAAUCGAAGAGCCCAAGACGAGCUGGUAUGUAGGAGCGUUGGGGAUUGACUUCUCUGAAACCACCCAUGAGAGUCACGAUGGAAAUAUCCCCUUCCUUCCUGCCACUCAGCCAGCAAAGCGUAUUAGGAUAGAGUCGGACGACUCAUUGAUUCCCAUGGAAGUUCGGACAGAAGUCUUCGCAUUGCUUUCGGGAGCCUGUUUAAAUGAAUUUCUAGAGAUAAGAAAUUUUCUGCAAAGAUCAAAUCACACCCCAGCCUCUGGCAGAAGUGAAAUCGCUAUGAAUGGCUCCGGAAUGUAUUCUGCAGAAAACCCAGCGCCCAUACACCAGCAGUCCAAUUCUAGAUCCGUGUCAAUGCCACCUCAAUGCAAUCACUGGCCAGGCAGGACAGUUCCUUCUCAAAUUGGAAUGGACUCUAGCAUAUUUGGAUCUCGCCAUGAGUCAAUGCCACCAUCUGCUUUCCAUAGUGUUGGCCAGCUGGGUAUGGUAACUCCGGAUAGCAACAUCCAAACCGCGGGGCUGGAUUAUCUUUCAGAAGACUCGAUGAUGUUACCACUUGAGGGGACGGUCUCCAACAUACCUGCCGACGUAUUUUCUUUGUCAUCGAAUGCUCUCCCAUAUCCGGAUGAACCUUCCAGUACAGAACCCAUUCGCGACUUCUCUCGGCGCCGUGGUAUAUAUUGGGCUGGCCCCGAUGUUGACUCCAAGCGUGACUCGGCGAUGUCAAGAAGCUCCACUAGCUCCAUGUAUACUGAUCGGAGCAUUAGCAGUAAACAUUCCUCUACAUCUACACUCGCAAGCCAAGGCGCUGUUCUUUCCGGAAUGCCCAUGUCGAAGCCUCCAACUCUGUCUUCGGCGGCCAUUCAGUCCAUGGCCCAAUAUGUGGAUCUGUAUCCCCACCCCCCUCUACCAGUUCGCGCCGCUUCCACACAAUCCAAUCCUCAGAUACCUUGCGACUUUCCACCAUGCGCAGAAACUUUUGGCAGAAAGGCAGACCGAGACAGACAUCAUAGCCAAUUCCACGUUCCGGAGACCUUGUUCACUUGCCUUCUUGACACCUGCACCUCAGAAUGUGAGGACCCAUGCACAGAGAAAUUCCACAACUCGCCAUGUCGAAAGACAAGGGCCGAUAAGAUGAAGAGGCAUCUGGCAAAGAGCCACGGAAUCGACAUUAAGCAGAGUGAGAUACCAGAAUCUUGGCGAAGGUUCUAUUUGCAUAGUUCGAAUGGUUGGACUUGUGGCUUUUGCAAUGAAUUCUUGGGGACUUGGACUGGUAAUGAGGAUGUCAUCAACGGCCACUUCGAGAGUUGUAUGUUGCCGGAUACCAAAUCCACGGUGGAUACUCAAGAACAGGCGGAGCCGACGAAAGAGACUGACGUUGGGAGUGAGUUGAACAUUCCCCUCAAGCGGUUAAGCGUGCAGGAGAAACCGGAUCCCAACGAAAAGCAAAGUCUCUCUGGGAUACAAUUCAGCAACAAUUCUUGACCACGGAGACAUACCUCGGACUUUCUCAUUGUUCGGCGGAGUAAUGGAUUAUGACUUUCUUUCUAUAACCUAUAGAAACGUUGCUCGGGGGUCCUAAUUCGACCUUAUAAAAGUUUGUGUUCUUUCUUGCCCCU